AUGCGCGGUACGUAAAGGGCAGGGAAACCGAACCGCAAUGGGACAACUCUUAUUUCGGUCCAACUCUGCCUAAAAAUACCCCGAAAUGGCCUUUAUCCGUGACGGGGUGUCGUUAGAAGGUUUUUAGAGGGCUUUGGGGAUCUGUUUGGCGACUGAGAAAGUUGAGAAGGAAACGAACUUCAGAGACGGUCAUGGAGGAUUUCGGUUCGGCGCUGGAGAAGAACGCGGCGGAUCUGACCGUGAUGGACGUCUACGAUAUCGCCGCGGUCGUGGGCCAGGAGUUCGAGCGCAUUAUCGAUCAGUACGGAUGCGAGGCUCUGUCCCGCCUCAUGCCCAAAGUGGUCCGUGUGCUGGAGAUCCUGGAGGUCCUGGUGAGCCGCAACAGCAUCAGCCCAGAGACCGAGGAGCUGCGCCUGGAGCUGGACCGGCUGCGGCUGGAGCGGAUGGACCGGAUGGAGAAGGAGAGGAAGCAUAAGAAGGAGCUGGAGCUUGUGGAGGAUGUGUGGAGAGGAGAAGCCCAGGAUCUGCUGUCCCAGAUCGCACAGCUGCAGGAGGAAAACAAAACACUGCUCAACAACCUGUCCAUCAAAGAAUGUCCAGUGACGGAAGAGGAUAUACAGAAACAGGAAGGCAUGACCGAGAGGGAACGGCAGGUGAUGAAGAAGCUGAAGGAAGUUGUAGAUAAACAGCGAGACGAGAUCCGUGCCAAAGGCCGCGAGCUAACGCUCAAAAACGAGGACAUUGAAGCGCUCCAGCAGCAGUUCAACCGGCUGAUGAAGAUCAACCAUGACCUGAGGCAUAAGAUCACGGUGGUGGAGGCCCAGGGUAAAGCGCUGAUCGAGCAGAAGGUAGUGCUGGAGGCGUCUGGUCAGGCACGGCAGCAGGAGAUGGGUAACCUGCGACAGGAAGUGUCCCGUCUUAAGGAGCGACUUAAAGAGCAGGGCAAGGUCAGCACUGAGACGGAGGAGCCUGUAGGACCACCUUCACCUGCACAGUCGUCUAAAGCGGCCCCUUCCUGGGGUCAGGAUUUAGCUUCUGAGCUCCUCGCUGGGGGCCUUGAGAUAGAGGAAGGUCCCCUCCAUUUCAUCCCCCACACCGGGGCCCCAGGAACCCUGACAGAUGACGGUGAGGAGGAGAAGGACGAUGAAGAGGCUGCGUUUUCAUGGGUAACCCUGCAGAGGCAGCUUCUAAGGAUAGCAUGGAGUGUAAACUAACACCUGACCCGUAUAUGUGUCUGUUUGCACGAGUCACGCUAGGGCGACAACAAACCCGCAGAGUGUGCGACUGGUUCUGUACCAACAUACAGCAGACUGUAAGAGCAGUGCACUAAUGACUUCAGUCCUUUACACAGGUACACACUCAUUGUGAAGAGUGUCGACUGGUGAAAGUCUUUCAUUGUUAAAGCAGCCUGCAUGUGUGCAAGUGUUUGUAUGAAUGCAAACCAUGUGACUGAAUCAAAUGUUAACUCGAUGAUCAUAAUCAUAUGAUGAUGGAUCAUAACAGAGAGGUUGCGGUCUUGUAAAAUAAAGCACUGAUCAUAUACUGUUGUACAUUAACAGCAGUGAAAUCAUAGGCCAAUUGCAUAAACUUAGCCACCAUGUUAAGACUGUGUCUAAAGAAGUAG